AUGAAAGGUGCUUGUGCCUAUGGUCAGGGUUUUGUUAUUCCUAGUUACUUUACUCUUCGUACCCGUUUGAUUCCUGAAGCUAAGGUAGAGAUCAUGGAAUAUGUGAGCAACAUAAAGUCAACAUGGGGUGGCACAGGUUGCACAAUAAUGUCUGAUUCUUGGACUGACCUAAAGAAGAGGUCUUGGGUCAAUGUGAUAGCUUAUUCUCCUGGUGGGGCUGUAUUCCUGAAGUGUAUUGAUUGUGGUUCAAAUAAUAUUACUGCUGGAUAUCUUUUUAGAGAAAUAUCUAAUGUUAUUGAAAUGCUUGGACCACAACAUGUUGUGCAAUUUGUUUCAGAUAAUGGUGCUAACUAUAAUUGUUAUGGUGAUAUGUUGAUUGGAAAAUGGUCUCACAUGUAUCGGAUAAAUUGUGCUGCACAUGGGAUUAAUUUGCUUUUAAAGGAUAUCCAUAAGCAUGUUAGAUGGGUGAGGGAAAUUAUUGAUGAUGGUAAACAUGUAGUGGAUUAUAUGCACAGGCACACAGCUAUUAUAGCCUUAAUGAGGGAAUUCACAAAUGCCAAAGAGAUUAAGCAGCCUUGCAAGACAAGGUUUGCUACUAAUUUUUUAAUGCUCCAAUCUCUUAUUGUAGUUGAGAAUGAGUUAAGGCUAUUGGUUGCAUCAUCUGAAUGGAGAGGCUUCCAUUGCAAUAGAGUUGAAAUAGCAUUAAAGACUGUCAGGAUAAUUCAAUCUGAUAUAUUCUGGGAACAGGCAAAGGAGGUUAUUGCUUUUAUGGAUCCUUUCAUUAGGAUUCUUCGCCUUGUUGAUUCAGAUGGUUCCACUGCAUGUUACUUGUAUGAAGCAACUGUUAGGGUAAAAGAAAAAUUGAGGAAGUUAAAGGAGAGUGAUGGAGUAAAGUACUUUACCAUAUUGGAUUUGUUUGAUACAAGGGUGGAAAAGAAUAUAAUUCAUCCUGUUCAUGUGCUUGCUGCAGCUUUAAAUCCUAAUAAUUUGUUUGAUGGUGGACUUUUUAUUGAGACAAAUACAGUUGUGCAAGCUCAAGAAUGUAUUGUGGCAACCAUGGUUCCUCUAGAAGAUCAUGAGCAAUUCACUGCAGAAAUGGUUGAAUAUCGAAUGAGGAACCCAAAUUUGUUCAAUAUCACAGGAAAGUCUUUAAUGAAAACUAACCAUCCAAGGAUUUGGUGGGAAUAUAUGGGUGGUUGUCUUCCUGUGGUUCAGAAGGUUACUUGUAGAAUCUUAAGCCAACCUUGUAGUUCCUCUCCUUGAGAGAGGAAUUGGAGUGCUUGGGACGCUGCACAAACAAAGAAGAGGAACAGGUUAACUCCAGAAAUGUUAGAAGAUUUGGUAUACAUUAGAAUGAAUUCUUUGAUGAAGGAGAAAUAUGAAAGCCAAGCAAUUCAGGAUACAAAACCUAUUGACCUAGAGAAACUUGGUGAUUUGCCUGAUGUAAACAUUGAGUUGGAGACAGAGAGACUUGAAGAGACAUAUGUUGAACCUAUUCAUGAUCAACCUAAUUCUAUAUUAUGAUACACUUGUGCUUUUUUUUUUAAUGAAAUGGGAUGAUGUAAUUUGGAUGAUACAUUUUGGAUUAUGUAGUUUGGAUGAUGAUUUUGGAUAUUUAAAUGAUGUAUUUUGGAUA